UGCGUAUCAGUGUGUUAUUGUCCUUAUGUGUAGCUAGUGUACAACUUUUUUGAUAUUUCUUAAAAAUAUUUUAAUGUUUAAAUAAUAAAUUCAAAUGGAUUAUUUGGGCUGCUGUGCUGGUGGCUGUAUAUGCUUUCUUUUUGGUGCGGCCUGUGCUGCAAAGUGCUGUGAGGAUGAUGAAACUGCCCCAGCUCCAGUUGGUGCGAUUCCGUAUCCUACUGAUAAUCCAGUCACAAAUCAACCAACUAGCAUGCCAUUGCCUAAUACUGAUGUAGGUUGGACAAUCACUAGGCCGCAAGAACAACCCUAUCCAGAAUUAAAUUCAGAUUGUCCAUACCCACCAGUGCUGCCGUAUCCGCCACAAAGCUCAAUUCCUUCACCUUCAAUGUCCAAUAGGACUCAACCCCCAGCACCAUCUGCACCUUAUCCAACGAACAGUUCAUCACAAGAACCUCAAGAUUGUCCACCAAAAUAUGAAGAUGCAAUCAAUUUAAUUCCAAAAUAAAUUAAGACAAGACAAUAAAUUUUUAUAAGAAUUAAUGGAAGGCUUCGCUUUAAACAGCACUUAAGUUAGAGCAGUGCUGGAUGUUUUUGCAUUUGUAUUCUCAAUUAAACUUUUGAUUUAUAUGAAAAAUUCGAAUAUAAGAUUUAGUUUUGUAAAGAAUUUGGGGUUAGGUGGAUACAGCAUGGACUUAGCUGAUGAAAAUGUUGAUAAAAAUGUUCCUUAAUUCAGUGCUUUAUGAGAACGACUUCAACAGUGCUGACAUCAAACUUGAGGAAGCCACUUUAUGCUGGUUGACUGUCCCGUUUAUAAAUUUGACCUAGAGAUAUCAUCUCAAAAAUGGACGAAGAAUGCUGAACUGAUCAAAAUGGUCAAAAAUGAUCGAUAUCGAUCAAAAUCUAAUCCAUCAGUUCCGCACCCUUGGAAUGGAGCUGACUAGCCUUAUAAGAUAUUCUUGCAGUAUUUUAUCAUUUAAAAAUUUAAAAUAAUAAAAAAUUUGUCAUCUAUAAAAAAAAUUCUCUGAGACAUUUUCACACCAAAAAUAGGUUUUUGACCUCAAAUCAGCCACGCUUCUGAAUAUGAUGGUGAAAUUCAAACAUACAGAAAAAAUGUGAUCUUAGCAACACUGCUUGAUAAACUCAAAAGAUCACAUUCAAGAGCAAAAGUACUCAAAAUUUUCUUCAUGACGUCUCUUGACUCA